AUGUUGGGCGGGCUGUGGCGAUAUGGAGAUGAAGAUGACGAGGACGUACCAUACGAGGAAGAGAUCAUUGACGAAAAUGGAGAUGAAGAGGAGCAGGGCGCAAUGUUCGGGGGCUGGCUGCCGGAGGAGGUGGCCGUGCGCGUCUUCCGCUGGCUCGCACCCGACGACCUCGCCCGAGCCGAGCUCGUGUGCCGCCAGUGGCACAGCCUCGUGAACCUGUCGGCGGCCUCGUCUUCUCUCACCCCCUGGCUCUGGCGCAAGGUGCACGAGCGGCACUUUGGCGGGCCGGUGCCGACCAAAAAGAAGAAGAGCUUCGACCAGCGCACUUUUUGCCUUCACUCCGCGCGUCUCCUCCACAAAUAUCAGCAGAGCGCAGCAAACGUGGAUGCGAUGCUGACGUGGGCCAUCAAUUGCGGGCACCACGCAGCACUGGCCCACAUUCUGGCCACCAGCCCGGCCGCGGUGCGCGCCUUGCCAGAGAAGCGCGACGCCCUGGCGGGCGCCCUCGGCUCCGGCGACGAGCGCGUUGUGGAGCUGGUGUGCGCCCACGGCGUGCCCGUGCCACCACACAUGGUCACCGCGGCCGUGCGCCAGGGCUCGCUGGCGAUCGUGGGCGUACUGCUGCGCUUCGCGGUGUCCACGCAGCAGACCGACUCCGAUGACGGUGGUGCACCGCCAGCGGAGAUUACCACCCCGCUCGACCAUCUCGAGGCCCUGCUCCAGGGAAGCGGCACCAGCACCCAUACCUUAUGGCACCUGGCCGCGGAGGGAGGCCACGUCUCGCUGAUGGCGCACCUGGCCAAGAUCCACCAAGAGCACAGCCAGGAGAAGUAUCGUCAGUUGCUGCUCUCUUACAGCUCACGCGGCUACACCGCGUUGCAGGUCGCGUGCUGCCAGAACAAGCGAAGAGUGUUCGACUUCCUCGUUGCGGGUCACAUGUGCGACGAGCUGCUGAAUGCACCCACACGUUACCGGCCCAUCAUGUCGGCGCUGCUGCUGGCGGUGAAGCACGCCGGUGUUGAUACCACCAGGCGACUUCUGGAGUUGGGCGCGCAAGAGAGCAACGCCGGUCUGGACUUUUCACCUCUGCAUGUCGCGUGCAAUGCCGAAAAGGACCGCGAGGAGCUGAUGGCGUUGUUCGUCGAACGCGGGGCCGACGUCAACGAGCGCACCAAAUCCGGCGGCCAACGCACGUGCCUGCACAUUCUCGCCGUGUCACCAAGCGCGUCCGUCGAAGCCCUCCAGUUCCUGCUCGACAAGGGCGCCGACGCUCGCCAACUCUCGGGAGAUGGCAAGUCGGCGCUGGAGGCGCUGCUGACCAAGCGACCGGACGAGUUGGCGCGAAAGCUGGCCAUGGGCGAGCUGCUGCUGGCGCACUGCUGCCCGAUCGCGAGCCGCACGUCGCUGCUCGUGCUCGUGCUCCAGUGGCUCCGCCGCCCCGCGUCCGGGUGGCGGCCGCACGAGAAGGCGGCCUACGACGCCGUCGAGCAGACCACCCACGACGCGCUCCAAUGGCUCUUCGACCGGGCCGCGUGGCCCACGCCCCUCGACGCGGCCACCGACGUCAACACAGUUGUUCUGCCGCUGGUGGGGAGCAGCUCGCCGAGCAUCAUGGUGCUGCUGGCGGCCAACGGCCUCAACGUCGCCAGCCACGUGGCGCUCGAGGGGCUGUUCAGGCAUGGCCCGCAGUCCGUGCUGGAGAGGAACCUCAAGGCGCUCAUCGGGCUCGGGCUGGACCUCAACAUGCGCCACCCGCAGACCGGCGCGCCGCCCAUCCACUACCUCGGCGUCCAGUUCGCCCCUCUGCUGGCGCGCCACGGCGCCGAUGUCAACGCCGUCGACGCUCAGGGCCUUACACUACUCGACCGAGUGCUCAGACAGUCGCUGGUGCGGCGCUCCACCAUCGCCAUGCCAAGGAAUACGCUCUCGCAGUCGCAGAUACAGGCUACGCUGCAACGGCUGGGCAUCGAUCGAUGGGACGAGCACGAACCCGCUGCCCUGUGGGUGGCCGGCGCGGACGACCGCCGCAAGUGGCACCAGGUGGCCGGCGCCUUGGCUUCCCUCUUUCAUCGCUAG